AUGUCUAGCUCAGGUGCCAUUAGAAUCGCUGUCGAGGGCUGUGGCCACGGAAAGCUCGAUACCAUAUAUGCCUCUGUGCAAAAAUCUUGUGAGAUCAAAGGAUGGGACGGCGUCGAUCUAGUAAUUAUAGGUGGUGAUUUUCAGGCAGUGCGUACUCACCAAGAUCUCAAUGUCACUGCGAUGCCUCACAAGUACCGGCGUAUGGGCGAUUUUCAUGACUAUUACCACGGCACGAAAAUUGCUCCUUACUUGACGAUUUUAAUUGGAGGCAAUCACGAGGCUAGCAAUCAUCUCUUCGAGCUUUACUACGGAGGAUGGGUUGCUCCGAACAUCUACUAUCUAGGUGCAGCGAACGUAUUACAGCUUGGAGGGCUCAAAAUUGCAGCACUUUCCGGGAUCUGGGCAGGUUAUGAUUAUCGGAAACCUCACUUCGAGCGACUGCCAUAUAAUGACGAUACCAUGCGAAGUAUAUAUCAUCAGCGAGAACUCGACGUUCGGAAACUAUUAGCCUAUCGAACCCAAGUCGACGUUGGAUUGUCUCAUGACUGGCCACACGAGAUUUGGAAGCACGGAGAUUUUCAGCAGUUGUUUAGGUACAAGUCAAUGUUUCGGGGGGACGCCGAAGUGGGAAAACUAGGCAGCAAAGCUGCGACCUAUGUCCUAGAUAGGCUUCGACCACCGUACUGGUUCUCGGCCCAUCUGCACUGCAAAUACGUGGCAUACAAGAGUCACGACAUUGUAUCCGAAGAAAAGGCUCAAGAAGCACUAAGUCAGAUGUCUCUCCAAUCAACUACCAACCAAGCACAGCUGCCAAUACAAAUGCCGAAGCAGGAGGGCGAUAUGGUCCAGCAGCAAGUCCCUCAACCCAAUGGCCGCGAUGCAUCGAACGAUGUAGCUGGAACAGCACAUGUUUACGGAAUCUCGGCUUGGUCGAACUUCAGCAAUACCGCUCAGGAGGAGGACGCACAGAUCCAGGAGCCGGAAGAAGGUGCACACACGGAAGAGACAGCGCAAAAUGACCGACGAACCACCGCCAAGUACGAGUUCCAGGAGACCUUCAAACCAGUCACCAUAGCAGAAGUUGAUGGCGCACUCGACAGACAGUCCAAGCCGGUCAGCAAGAUCGUGCCUCCAAUUCCACAAUAUGACGGAACCUGUUUCUCAACACCCAAACGCCGUCGAAAUUCGAGUCCGUCUGACGAGGCACAACAACCGGCACGACCUCGCAUCAGCGGUCAGCUUGAUGGCUCGGCUCCCCCUACUACAAUGAUCACGAACCCUGAUGCCAUCGACGUCGACCUGUCUGACUCUGAGGAUGACAGUAGCACUAAACCGAUUCUGCCAAAAGGUACGUCUCAAACUUCAGUGCAGUGUUUCAGGCAUCCUGCCUCGGGUCGUAGAUUGUACCAGCCUUACCAGAAGCUCAUCUCACCUGCUCGUUCUUCACCUAAGAUGGGGUCUAUCAGAGAGAUGCGAUCACAAGAGACUGUCGGCUUGCGUAUAGAACACUCAAGCAGUCUGUCCGAUGCUUCCCUAGUCCCAUUCGUGCUAGUGCCAAACAAGAAUGCUGACAUUGGCCUAGAAGAUAGCUCGAAGCCCGUACGUAACCCUGAUGCGUCGGAGGAUACCAGCUUGGAGUCAGCACAAGAGGAGGACAUAUCAUCGAAGCAGAAUCACUUAGUGCCGAAAACUGAUGAUGCAGUCCGUGAAACUUCAGCAAUCUCGCAAGCUGGUCAGGUGCCAAAACAGGAGCAACAGCCAAAGGCCACGACGGAUACCAGUGACGUACCGGAACACUUACGUGCGGAAUUGGAAGGCCGGUCUUCAGUGUUUGCUGCGAAAGAAGAGGUAGAAAGAACUGCUGCUUUGCCAUUUCCCGAAGACAUAACAAACAAGGUGACACGAUUUUUGGCACUGUCAAAGCCUGAGGAGAACCGUGAUCGAGAAUUUCUACAGCUCCUGGAAAUCGUACCUUCCAAUACCACGAUCAACGCAGCCGUGCUGCAGAGACCACUCAAACUACAAUAUGACCCGGAAUGGCUAGCCAUCCUACGAACCUUUGCUCCAGAGCUGCAGCCAGGCGGCUCACCAGAUGAUAGAGUACCGGCGCAUCGAGGCGAUACCUACUAUCGAGAGAAAAUUGUCGAGGAAGAAGAAUGGAUCCAGAAGAACGUGGUCGACAAGCAGUUACUCAGCGUCCCAGAGAAUUUUGUGGUUACCGUUGAGAACGAUCAGGUUCAGGACCAAGAACCAGUCGACAAGAACGAGAUGCCGCGAGAACAGACGAAUCCUCAAACUGCUAGCUUCUGUGAGCUCAUUGAAAUCGAGAACAAGUUCGACUUCAGCGAGGAGGAUAGAGACGCAAGAAUGGCAGCUGGUGCGCCUGCAAGUAAAGGAAGAGGCGAUGGUCAUCGUCGAGGUGGUCGUGGGGGACGUGGUGGCGGUAGAGGAAGGGGCUUCGGCGGUCGAGGUCGAGGCGGUCGUGGUCGUGGCCGAGGUCAAUGGUAG